ACCACCACAAACUCCCUUCGACUCACCUCACAAAAUGGCCGAAAUUCACGAUCAGUUCGACACGAUUCUCAUCCUUGACUUUGGCUCUCAGUACAGCCAUCUUAUCACAAGAAGAUGCCGUGAACUCAACGUCUACGCAGAACUCAUGCCAUGCACGCAAAAGAUCAAGGAUCUGUCGUGGAAACCCAAAGGCAUUAUCCUGUCGGGCUCGCCUUACUCUGUCUAUGACUCCGAUGCUCCUCAUGUGGACCCAGAGAUUUUUGCUUUGGGUGUACCGAUUCUCGGUAUCUGCUAUGGGCUGCAGGAGAUCGCAUGGAACCUGAAGGGAAAGGUCGCUCAGUGCGACCACCGCGAAUACGGUUUCGCGAACGUCCAAAUCAGCAAAAUAGGAGGCCCGAAUGCGUCCGCGGAUGCGUUGCUCGAGGGUCUCGGGGAUGAGAUGCAGGUUUGGAUGUCCCACGGCGACCAACUGUCCCAAGCGCCACCAGACUUCCAUACCAUCGGUCAAACCAGCAACGCGCCCUUCGCUGCCAUCGCUCACAACUCGAAGCCUAUCUACGGUAUUCAAUUCCACCCCGAGGUGACUCACUCGCCACGAGGAAAGGAGGUGAUCGGACGGUUCGUUUUGAACAUCUGUGAGUGUAAGACUAACUGGACUAUGGAAGAGUUUAUCGGAAAGGAGAUUGCCCGCAUUCGGGAUAUUUGUGGCCCUAAGGGUCGUGUCAUCGGUGCUGUCAGUGGUGGUGUCGAUAGCACCGUUGCAGCGAAGUUGAUGCACGAAGCUAUUGGAGACAGGUUCCAUGCCAUCAUGGUCGACAACGGUGUUCUCCGCCUCAACGAAGCCGCCCAAGUCAACGAAAUGCUGAACAAAGACCUCGGCGUGAACCUCACCGUCGUCGACGCUUCAUCUCUCUUCCUGUCCCGGCUCGAAGGUGUUGAGGACCCCGAACAAAAGCGCAAGAUCAUCGGCAACACUUUCAUCAACGUCUUCGAGGAACAGGCAACCAAGAUCGAGGCCGCCGCGGAGGAGGAAGAGAAGACGGGCGCGGAGAAGAAGGGAAAGGUUGAGUGGUUGUUGCAAGGAACACUUUACCCCGACGUUAUCGAAAGUAUCAGCUUCAAGGGCCCCAGUGCGACGAUCAAGACGCAUCAUAACGUUGGAGGGUUGUUGAAAGAUAUGAAGUUGAAGUUGAUCGAGCCGUUGAGGGAGCUUUUCAAGGAUGAAGUCCGCGCGCUCGGUCGUCUCCUUGGCAUCCCCGCCAACCUCGUUGGCCGUCACCCCUUCCCCGGCCCAGGUCUCGCCAUCCGUAUUCUCGGUCCUAUCACCCGCGACCAGGUCAAAAUUUUGCAGCAGGCAGACAGCAUCUACAUCGAGGAGAUCCGCGCCGCUGGACUUUAUAACCAGAUCAGCCAGGCGUUCGCGGUCCUUCUUCCUGUCAAGGCCGUCGGUGUGAUGGGUGACAAGCGCACUUACGAGCAGGUUAUCGCUCUUCGUGCAGUCCAGUCAGAGGACUUCAUGACUGCAGACUGGUUCGUCUUCCCCGCCGAGGUCCUCAGGAAAAUCUCGUCCAGGAUCACAAACGAGGUAGCCGGUAUCAACCGAGUCACCUACGAUAUCUCGUCAAAGCCGCCCGCCACGGUCGAGUGGCUCUAAACGAGUUCAUCUGCUCCUGUACGCGAUAUCGCUUGUUUUUUGGAACGGCACCUCACCCAAAAGGAUGUCGAGUGAGCGGAAUGCUUGAAGAAACUAGGCGGUUGUUGAGACUUAUAGUGUAGUAUUUGGACAAUUCGAAGCGGGCAAGGAGGACGUCAAACUGAAGUUCUGGUUACAUUUUGUGUACCCCCAUUAUCAUAAUACAGGGCUUUGGGAUAAAAUGUACUGCAUAGACCUAAAUCGUUGAGAUACUUCGCAACUCCGU